AUUGCAAAUUCUUUGUUUUGGAAGCCAAAGACUUCGUCUUUGUAGUCUCUCUAUGCCAGAUACGAUUUUCGGUGUGCUAUCAGUGCUUCUGUCACUGUGUUUUUCUCUGGACGAUUUUGCCCCUGAAGCAAACCCGAAUUUUCCCACUGCAACCUUUGUUGCAGAAUAGUUGGGAUUUCUAGGGGUUUGGAGCCAUGGCGGAAGGGGGUUUUGUCUGAUGUACGGCGACUGAUGAAGCUUCCUGUAUCCAAUUCAUUUAUGAGGUAGACAAAAUGAUUAUUACAAAGCAGUAUCGUUGCAUACACUCAGCAAGUUGUCAAUGCACGAAAGGGCAUUUAAGUGAAGAUGUGAUAUUCCUUGUCUUCCAACAGUUGAAUUGGAAUCCUAAGUUGAUUGCUACACUUUCCCUUGUCUGCAAAUGGUUUGAUGAUCUUGCCAAGCGUGUGCUGUGGAAGGAAUUUUGCCGAACAAGAGCACCAAAGAUGAUGCUUGAUCUUCAAUCUAGUGGGAGUCACAGUGUAGAUGGGAACUGGAGGGCACUCGGGAAGCUGCUUAUUUACUGUACAGGAUCUAAGAAGGGUGGCCUCUUUAACAGCAUUCAUAUUCCGGGUCACUUUGUUUAUAGGACCAGGUUUUCUAGGACAUCAGGGAAGAGCUUUCUUUUACCGCAAUGCAGAACAGAUGUUUUGUAUGUCUCUGACCCCUGUGAACAUCUUGACCAAGGUGAAGAGGGAGAUGUGGGUUUUUUUCGCGGAGUUUUCAAGUCCUUCUCAAUGUCCAAGGUUCGGACGAUGUUGAUUAAGAAGGGGGCCCAACUUCAUCCAACAGAGGUGUGCCCAUACUGCAAGGCUAAAUUAUGGAGCAUGUUGCAAGCCAAAAUGAUACCGCAGAGUGCCAGCUGCAGAUUGGGAGCUUAUGAGGAUUGUGUUGAGUAUUUUGUUUGCCUCAACGGACAUAUGCUUGGGAUCUGUACCCUGCUACCUUUAUCUGAUUCAGAAGAAGCAUCUGAGGUGGAGUGAUAGUUAAAACAAAAAAGAGGUUUCCUGUUAUUGCAAGCGUAGGUUGGGAAGGUCAGAUGUAUCGUCGGCUCUUAGUCGGCUUGUGUCUCUGGAAGCGGAACUCAACCAUUCGAUCCCAUUGAAGUGUUGAAGCUCAGUCUCUGCCCGGACCUGUGGUCUACUGUGGAAGUGGUUAGGCCGUUUCUUUUUCAAUUGUCCUUUAAAUCAAAUGUAGUCACUGAACCACGUAACAGGAUAUGUACAUUUAUGCAUAUAGGUCUGGUUUGUGCAAUAAUAUUACAUAUUUGUUCGUGACUUCAAUAAUUAUCGAGUCAGCUUAGAAUUU